AUGAAGUUUGACGUUUACGAAUCCGUUCAAAAUGACUAUCAGGGACUAAUCGAUGAGUCAGCUCCAUUAUUAUUAUUCCAUAAUUAUUAUUAUUCCUUAUUAUUAUUAUUAUUAUUAUUAUUAUUAUUAUUAUUAUUAUUAUUAUUAUUAUUAUUAUUAUUAUUAUUAUUAUUAUUAUUAUUAUUAUUAUUAUUAUUAUUAUUAUUAUUAUUAUUAUUAUUAUUAUUAUUACUAUUCCAUUAUUAUUAUUUCUAUUCCCACGAAAAAAUCACAGAAAAAAGAUGUAAGCAGAUGAUGCCGAUCACGGAUAUGACCGGAACCCCGUGGACUGGAUCUCCUAGAGGAAACUCAGGUUGA